AUGUCGACCACUGCUUCCAGCUCUGCGCAAGCCGCGCACUCCUCGACCAACAAGCCGAUCGAAGCGAGACCCGUAGUGCUGUGUGGACCAUCUGGAGUGGGCAAGUCGACGCUCAUCAAGAGGCUAUUUGCGGAUCAUCCAGAGUUCGGUUUCAGUGUAAGCCACACCACUCGCUCCCCGAGAUCAGGAGAGACAAAUGGCGUGGCGUAUCAUUUCACGGAUCGCCCAUCGUUCCUGGCUGGAGUGGAGAAGGGUGACUUCUUGGAGCAUGCAGAGUUCGGUGGUAAUCUGUACGGCACCAGCGCACAGGCCGUAGUGGAUGUUCAAAACGCAAAGACGCCGGAUGGGGCGAAGAAGCGAUGCUUGCUGGACAUUGACACCCAGGGCGUGAAGCAGAUCAAGGCUCUGCACGACUACUUGGGCUGCCAAUUCGUCUUCAUCGCACCGCCAUCGCUGGCAGCUUUGCGAUCUAGGUUAGAAGCUCGGGGAACAGAGACGGAGCAGUCUUUGAACGCCAGACUAUCCAUGGCAGCUUCAGAACUCGCGUAUGCCAAGUCUGGUGGUCACGACCAUGUCAUCGUGAAUGAUGACCUAGACAAAGCUUACGCGAAGCUCAAAGCUGUGGUCGAAGGUCAGCAGGUGCAGAAUGACAUGUUGCCAGAAAUGUAG